AUGGGUAAAGACAAUAGAUGUUUCAGAGAGGUUUGGUUUAAAGACCGUGAUUGGUUGGAGUAUAGUGUUUCAAAGGAUGCAACCUUUUGUUUCUGGUGUUAUCUUUUUAGACCUAGUAAUAUAGGGUUUGGAGGAGGUGAUGUGUUUACGAGAUCUGGUUUUAUUAAUUGGAAAAAAGCAAUUGAAAAAUUCAAUGAGCAUGUAGGUGGGGUUGGUAGUGCGCACAAUGAGGCAAGAAUACAGUUUGAGGGUUUCAAGAAUCAAAGACAAAGUGUGGAGUAUUCAUUUUCAUCGGGGAAGCAUGAGCUUGAAGUUGCUUAUCGCAAACGCUUGACUUCCAUUUUAAAAGUAAUUCGAUUUUUGUUGUUACAAGGAUUGCCUUUUCGAGGACAUGAUGAGUCUUCGGCAUCAUCCAAUAGAGGCAAUUUUUUAGAAUUGCUCAAAUGGUAUAGCUCAGAGUGUCCGGAAGUUGCGGCAGUUGUUGGAAUGAAUGCACCUGGAAAUAAUCAAAUGAUUGCCCCAAAAAUUCAAAAGCAAUUGGUGAAUGCUUGUGCAGUUGAGACCACAAAUGCUAUUCUAGCUGAUCUUGGAGAUAGGUGGUUCACUUUACUACUUGAUGAGGCUCGUGACUGUUCAGUGAAAGAGCAAAUGAUAGUUGUUAUUAGAUAUGUGAACAAACAUGGAGAGGUGAUUGAACGAUUUAUGGCUAUAGUUCAUGUUGCAACAACUACAGCUGCUUGUUUGAAGGAGGCAAUCGACUCUUUAUUUGCUAAGUAUGGUUUGUCAGUGGCGAGAUUGAGGGGUCAAGGAUAUGAUGGUGCUUCAAAUAUGUCUGGAGAAUUUAAUGGCUUAAAGUCACUGAUAAUGAAAGAAAAUCCGUAUGCAUUGUAUGUUCAUUGUUUUGCUCAUCAACUCUAG